AUGGACGCUACUGCAUCGACGUACCCGCCCCCGCCACCUUACUACAAGCUCUACGCUGCUUACGACCCCCACACGCGCACGGGCGGCCCGCCCCCGCCUCCCGCCAUCACCGGCGAAUACGUGUCCUUCGGAGCCCCGUACAACACGGAGGAUCGGCUGCCGAGCCUGGAGGAGCAGGGCGUGCGGCAGCUGUUCCCCUCCACCAAGAAUAUCAACACGCGUGCAGAGCUGAAGGCACUGGGGCGGGAGCUGGGCCUGCUGGUGCUGGAGCUGGCGGACGUGUUGGUGGAGCGGCCAUCGCAGGCAGGGCGGUGUGUGGAGGACAUCUCGCUGCUCUUCACCAACCUGCACUUCCUCCUCAACUCGCUGCGCCCUCACCAGGCGCGGGCAACACUCACACACAUGCUCAAGACGCAGCUGGAGAUGCGCAAGCAGUCGCUGCAAGGCAUCAAGGAGCAGCGAGCAGCGGUGUGGGAGGUGCUGAGGCUGGCGGUGGGAGAGGUGGAGGCCGCCACACAAGGGGAAGCUGGCGGUGGGGGCAGCAGCAAGGGCCGUGCAGAGGGGGUGGAGGUGGAGGGAGGGGGAGGCGGCAAGCAAUGA